AAAAAUGCCUAAAAUGGGGAAUAAACCCAAAUGGCGUAGGGGGGAAACCAGAAGGAUCCAGCCGGCACUGCUCAAAGCAGUCUUCCUGGCAUCUAAUCCUCAGUUAUUGGAAAGGAAGAGGAUAGAUUGGGAGGCUAGGCAGAAAAUUGUCCUAUGGAAGAAGCCGCUUGUUACCUUACACUACUUUUUACUGGAAACCCUGAUCAACCUGAAGGGGUGGAUUGUCAACCUAUGGCGGUGGCGAAGAUUCCUGGUUGUACCUAUGCUUUUACUGGUCAUAUUUGCGGCUACCUAUUACAUUGAGGGAGCUCACCAAAAGUAUGUACACUAUCUGGAGAAAAAGACACUGUGGUGCUGUUACUGGAUUGGCCUCGGGAUUCUUUCCUCUGUUGGUCUUGGAACAGGUCUUCAUACUUUUAUGCUCUAUCUAGGCCCUCACAUUGCUGCUGUUACCCUGGCUGCCUAUGAAUGUAACACUCUUAAUUUCCCAGAGCCACCUUAUCCUGAGAGGAUUGUUUGUCCAGACGAAGGUAUUGAAGGAACUGUGUCAUUAUGGGCCAUCCUUUCCAAGGUCAGACUUGAAGCCUUUAUGUGGGGUGUUGGCACAGCCAUUGGAGAACUUCCUCCUUACUUCAUGGCAAGGGCAGCCCGAAUGUCAGGUCCUGAUGCUGAUGAUGAAGAGUUUGAAGAGUUUGAAGAGAUGUUGGAAGAAUGUGAUUCUCCUCGAGGUACUGCUUCCUGGGCUAAGCAAAGUAUACAGAAUUUGGUGAAGAAGGUUGGAUUUUUCGGAAUAUUAGCCUGUGCUUCAAUUCCAAACCCCUUAUUUGAUCUGGCAGGGAUAGCAUGUGGACAUUUCCUGGUUCCUUUUUGGACCUUCUUUGGUGCCACCCUCAUUGGAAAAGCCAUAGUGAAGAUGCACAUCCAGGAACUCUUUGUUGUUAUGACCUUCAGCAAACACAUCGUGGAACAAACAGUUACUCUCAUUGGUUCUGUCCCCAAUGUAGGCCCCUCUCUGCAGAAACUGUUCCAAGAUUACUUAGAUGCAGAGAAGGUGAAGCUUCACAGCAAAACUGAGAUAAAGAAUGUGCCAGGGAAAGAAAACUGGUUAUACUGGUUUUUUGAGAAGUUGGUGGUUGUGAUGGUGUUCUACUUCAUACUGUCCAUCAUUAAUUCCAUGGCACAAAGCUACGCUAAACGAAUGCAGCAGCAAAUAAACUCACAGGACAAAAUGAAUUAAGGCAAAGUUCAACAUGUGCAUUCACAGAAACAAGAAUUAUUGGAAUCAACUUGAGUUAGACUGUUCUAAAAGGAAAAGAAGAAAAUCCUUUUUUCCACACUAAUGAAUUUUUUACCUGUGGAGGAUUAAGAACAACAUUGAAUUUGAAAGCAAUUAUUCCAUACUUUUCAUUGAGAGAACUGUUUGUAAAAGGCAGGUAUACACACUCCAUUUCAUUCUGAGUUGGAUUUUCUUCUAGUUGGUAUAUGGAUUUAAAGUUACUUCCUAAGUGAAUGCACAAUGGGCAAAUUAACUCAGCCACCUCUGUCC